UUAGCAGCAAAAUGGCGCCUUCCAUACCAGCGCAUAUACAGGCAACUGUGUGCUUUUAAGUUCCGAGUUCUGUUUCCUCGGAGCUCUGCCGCACGCGUGCAUAUAACCAAGGUGCUCGCCUGUAUCAGGACAUGCUUGUCUGUUUUUGGGGAUUACUGUGAGCUUGCAGCGCCUGUGCUUGCUUCACGUCCACUCUGCUUUCCACCGGCAGAAAAUGGCGGACUGGUCGCAAUAGUCACUGCUAGUAAGUGGCACAGUGAAACUAGUAAAAGGGCUUGAGCCGGCUAAAGUUUUUAUACACAGUGGUAUCAAAAGGACUAUAUCUGGAGGAAACAGCAAAACCUCGCCUUACAAUUUUCAGCAAAAGCGAAUGGUUAUCUGCCGAGGCACAAGUUGGCGAGGUAACACUAAACAGCGGUGCGAGACGCGUACGGACUACAACUUUUCGUUGGUUUCCACUUCCCACCCAAUAAGGACCAUUAGUGGUGGACUCGGAACAGGAGCGACAUGGAAGUCGAGCCUGUGGUGCUUCAUCCCCGCUGGAAGCGCGUCCUGGGUUGGAGCGGUCCUGUGCCCCGGCCCCGUCAUGGACACCGUGCUGUGGCAAUCAAGGAACUAAUGGUCGUGUUCGGUGGCGGCAAUGAGGGUAUUGUGGACGAGCUGCACGUCUACAACACAGCUACCAAUCAAUGGUUCAUCCCUGCUGUGCGAGGGGACAUCCCACCAGGCUGCGCUGCUUAUGGGUUUGUGUGUGACGGCACUAGACUGCUAGUGUUUGGAGGAAUGGUGGAAUAUGGAAAGUACAGCAAUGAUCUCUAUGAGCUGCAGGCCAGUCGCUGGGAAUGGAAACGUCUGAAAGCAAAGGCACCAAAGAACAACCUGCCCCCCUGUCCCCGCCUUGGUCACAGCUUCUCUCUAAUUGGAAAUCGCUGCUUUUUAUUCGGAGGACUGGCCAAUGACAGUGAAGACCCCAAGAACAACAUUCCCAGGUACCUAAAUGACCUGUACUCGCUGGAACUGCGUCAAGGCUCCAGCGUGGUUAGCUGGGACGUUCCAUUGACAUCCGGGCAGCCGCCGCCUCCUAGAGAAAGUCACACGGCUGUGGUAGCAAGUGGGGUUCGAGGCAACCGCCUGAUUAUCUACGGGGGGAUGAGCGGCUGCAGGCUGGGUGACCUAUGGGUGCUCGACAUUGACUCGCUCGUCUGGAGCAAACCAGAGUUUAGUGGGACUGCACCAAUGCCUCGCAGCCUGCACUCAGCCACAACUGUCCAUAACAAAAUGUACGUGUUUGGAGGUUGGGUCCCACUGCUGAUGGAGGAUGUUAAAGUUGCAACACAUGAGAAGGAGUGGAAGUGCACCAACACACUGGCUUGCCUUAAUCUUGACACGCUAUGCUGGGAGAUGGUGGAGAUGGACAGCGAGGAGGAAAACAUUCCACGAGCUCGCGCUGGCCACUGUAGCGUGGCCAUCAACUCCAGACUUUACAUCUGGAGCGGAAGAGACGGAUACAGGAAGGCCUGGAACAACCAGGUCUGCUGCAAGGAUCUCUGGUACUUGGAGACAGAGCGUCCCAGUGCGCCGUCGCGAGUCCAGCUGGUGCGAGCCAACACGUCAUCUCUGGAAGUGAGCUGGGGACCAUCACAGACCGCUGACACCUACCUGCUGCAGAUACAGAAAUACGACAUUCCCGCCACGUCUGUGGCAACUGCAGCUGCCUCAACAGCCAACUCUUUGAAGAGUUCUACCCCUGUGGCAGCAACUCUGACAAACCAAAUCCCCCGCAUUACGUUAGUCCCCAAGUCCCCUACAGCAACCGUAUCUGCAAACCCCUCGGCAGCUGCCAAAGUCCCAACUGUUGUGAAGGUGGCGACUCAAGGAGCCACAAGUGGUGCCUCCAUUGUCACCGUGCGACAGACCACGCCUAAAUACCCUGCCACCAUGACCACGCUUCCUGCAAAUGUCCGUAUGAUGGUGCCUGCCCAGGCUGCACAAGCUGCGCCAAUUGGUAGCAGUCCUCAGAUGAGUGGAAUGGCAGCGCUGGCAGCAGCUGCUGCUGCUACACGUAAGAUUCCACCAGCCACAGCGACCGUGCUCAACGUCCCAACAGGAGCCACCAUUGUAAAGACUGUAGCGGUCAGUCCUGGAUCUGGCAGCCUUCCUGUUACAAUGGUCAGUAACUCUGCAACACGUAUCCUGAAAACGGCUGCUGCUCAGGUGGGUGGGGCGACCGUCGUCUCAAGCCCUGUCACGAGCAGCCGCCCAAUUAUCACAGUGCACAAAUCUGGAACAGUCACCACAGUGGUAGGGGGAGUUACCAAGACCUACACACUGGUUAAUAGCCCACUGGGCGUGGGAACGAGUGGUGCUCUGAUCAGCAAUCUGGGAAAAGUGAUGUCAGUGGUACAGUCUAAACCAGUCGCGGGUCAAACGGCCAGCGGCUCUGUCGCGCAAAUCCUACAGUCGAAAGGCACCCUUCCUACUGGAACAAUCCUGAAGCUGGUGAGCUCUGCAGAUGGGACACAGACUGUGCUCAGCAGUCCACAGGCUGGCCCAGUUGUAGCCAAACCUGGUGCCACCAUCAUAAAGACCAUUCCUGUGUCUGCGCUUCAAGGGGGAACAGGUGGGCCAAUCACAAUCCUCACCACCAAGGUGGUGACACCAGGGGCUGCUGGGAAAAUCAUUACAACGGUCCCCAAAAUCUCAACCAGCCAGCAGGGCGUCACACAGGUGGUGUUGAAAGGGGCUACAGGGACACCGGGAACCAUCCUCAGGACUAUUGCAAAGGGAGGAGUCAGACUGGUGACACCAGGCACCACCGUCACCAAGCCUGCAGUCACUACGCUUGUUGUGAAAGCGACAACCGGUGUGUCGAGUCUGAGCACCAUAACAGGAAGUGUGUCCGCCGCAGUUGCAGGACUGUCCACCAACACCAGUGCCACCCUCGCUACACCCAUUACCACUCUUGCCACCAUUGCUGCACUCACCAACCAGGUCACCACUGCAACAGCCACUGCUGCUACUGCUGGUGUUGGACCCAAGCAGGUAACUUUAAUCAUGACCCCAAGCGGAGCAGAAACACAGUCGCUGGUCCAGGAUCUGCCUGUUUCCAUCAUGGCCUCUCCCACCUCAGAAGAACCGGGAGGUACGACGAGCACGCUUACAAGUAGCGUUCUGGAAGACAAGAGUGGAGAAGCUGUAAGUGCAGUGACUGAGGUCUGCUCCAACCCACCCUGUGAGACGCAUGACACAGGAACAACUAAUACUGCGACUGUUGCCGUGGCAACAAUAGUUGACAAUGGCUGCACCAACCCACCGUGUGAGACACAUGACACAGGAACCACCAACACUGCCACUGUGGCGACGGCGAGGACUAGUCAAGUGCUCCAGGUGUGCUCCAAUCCUCCGUGUGAGACCCACGAAACUGGAACAACCAACACUGCCACCACAGUGGGAGCGAGAGGACUGAAUCAGGUAUGCUCCAAUCCACCGUGUGAGACACACGAAACUGGAACCACCAACACUGCCACCACGGCCACAGCUCAGCAGGGCGACGAGACUCAAGGAGAUUCCACGGAGCUCGCUUCCUCCCCCUCAUCUGACUCUGGCCCCUCUGUUGCCAUCAGCCAAGGCAGAGCCAUUACCACAGUUACACAGGCCACACCCACACCUGGUCCGGCCAUUCCUGAAAUCUCUUCAUUGGUCAGAGAAGAUGCAGUCAAGGCUGAUGAGAUGACCGUCGCCACAGCAAUGGAAGCAACAGAGGAACCUAUGCAAAUAGAGGGGCAAUCACAGGAUGUGAUCUCAUCAUCUGCAACAAUGUUGUUACAGGGUUGUCAGGCAGCUCAGUCCGUGGACACGCCACCGAAGGAGCUGAUGUCAACAGAAAGGGCAAGUGGUGAGAUGGACCCUGGUAACACAGCCACACUGAUGGUGACAGCUGAUGGGUUGUCUACAGACGAGUCUCAAAAUCUGACCAUCCAGGCCUUCCUGCAAGCAGCAGGGCACAUGGAUGGUGCCGAGUCGGAGCAGUCCAUUCCUAUUGUGUUGACGCAGGAGGAGCUCACUGCUCUGGUCCAACAACAACAACAGCUACAGGACUUGCAAGGAGGGGAGGAGGCGGAGCCUGGUGCUGUGCCCACAGAGGGCCUCGCACCAGCAGACAGUCUAAAUGACCCAGUGGCGGAGAGCAAUGGCCUUGUGGUGACAUCAGCUGUGAGCAGCGCAGUGGCUCGAUUGGCGAGCACAUUUAGCCCUGCCCCUACCCUGACAGCUAGACCUAAAGCCGGACCUGCUGCCCCAGUCAUAGAUGUGUCCAACGGCAUCAGCGCCAAUGAGUGGUUUGAUGUAGGGAUUGUCAGAGUGACCAACAUGUCCGUCUCUCACUACUACAUCCCUGAUGAUGAUGUCACUAUAGAUCACCACUCAGGCGUGAUGCCAGACUACAGUCAGAUGAAAAAGAUGGAGCUUCAGCCAGGGACGGCUUAUAAAUUCCGUGUAGCAGGGAUCAAUAUUUGUGGUCGCGGAGCUUUCUCUGAAGUGUCUGCGUUUAAAACAUGUCUGCCUGGUUUCCCUGGAGCACCGUGCGCCAUCAAGAUCAGCAAGAAUUUGGGUGGAGCUCAACUGACCUGGGAACCUCCAGCUGUCACUUCGGGAAAGAUCACAGAGUAUUCCGUCUACCUGGCAAUCCAGUCAUCCCAGGCCACUGCCGCCUCUGCUUCCGGUCCAGCCCAGCUUGCCUUCAUGAGGGUGUACUGUGGCACUAGCCCAUCAUGCUUGGUCCAGACUUCCAGUCUCAACAACGCCCACAUUGACCACACCACCAAGCCCGCGAUCAUCUUCCGCAUUGCCGCUCGCAACCAGAAGGGCUACGGCCCAGCCACACAAGUCCGAUGGCUUCAAGAAACCAGCAAAGACACCAAAGCCGCCAGCAAGCGACCUGUGUCCUCUCCUGACGUUAAACCUGUCGCACCAAAGAAAAUGAAAUCCGAACAAUCAAAGGACUCCAUACCCUGCUGAGGUCUUCAUGGAUAUUUGUACGUUAUUGAUCUGUCGCCACAUUGUCCUUUUUUCCCUUUCUGGAAUGAUUAAAUGUUGAAAGGUCAACAAUCUUGCUGAUGAACUGAGGGGAUGCAUCUACAGAGCAGUUGAAAAUAAAUUAUUUUCUUGCUUUUGCAAUAAAAUAUUCAUGAAUUUAGCUUCACGUACAUUGUAUAUACGCUCACACACAAAUUCAAUCUUAACUUUGAUGUAUUGUUACAGUGCUGAUAUAACAAAAGAAAAUGCCAUUGACGCACUGAUGAAAAUUAGCAUUGAGCUAGCGGUAUUCUUGUCCUUCAAAAUAAUGGAAAUAAAUACAUGAAUGCCAUAUGAAUAUUCACAGACAAGCAAUGCAAGCAUUCUUGCAACAAGGCAUAGGACCUUCGUGCACUCCGAAAAACAAGUUUUAUUAACAAACUCGAGUGUGACUAUUGUUCUAUGUAUAUACAUAUAUCCCCCCCCUCCAAAUGGCCAAAGUGCACUGACAAGGAACAGUGCUCCUAAUAAGGCACGCGCACACACAAAUAAAACGCUUGACUUAAGUACAAUACCCGAUGUAAAAUUACAUAUGGUUAUAACAGCAUUCACAAUAAUAUCAUGGUUGAUAUACAGUAUAUCGUCCUUGUCUACUACCCAGCUAAUUUGGGCCAUCAUUAGCUGUCAAAUAUGGUGUCCAGGCCUGUCAACGGAUGCAGUCAAAGCAACAAUCAGGACCUUGUUCAUUCUUUUGUCUUUUGCGAGGGAUCCUGUGAUUUCAGGAAAUCAUGUUUUCUUACCAAAGCCAUGGUUACAGGAUUUCCCUGUUAUUAGGUCUUUGAGAUAAAUAAAGUUGCUCAUCUUGAAAAAGGCCAUUUUUAACUCCAAAACAAGCUUUUCAUCUAGUAUGUGUGUACUCUGCUUCGAGCAGCCUAUGAUGUAGUCAUGCGCUACAGAGGUUUACUCAAUAUUCCGUUUUGAGAAAUUUGUUGGACUCUGACAUUUGGUGCCCCUGUCAAUGUAAAUAGUAAAUGGUUAAUUAGGGUACAUGUCUGAGCUCUUAACAUAUUUAUAUUAGUACUGUAACAAAUGAACCACAAAGUAAAGAUUGCAUUCACAUCUCAAUUUCUAAGCCAGAGUUUGGUACACAAUUUAAAAAUGUUUUAUGCAUACAUGAAUAUAAUAUGUAUGUGUGUGUGUGUGUGUGUAUAAAUAUAUAUAUAUAUAUAUAUAUAUAUAUAUACCUGUUUAUGUACAGUUUUAAUAUAUUGAUUAUAUAUGUUUAGUUAUAACAAUAUCACAUAAUAAAGUAAUAUACAUUCGUUAAAUUGUAUAAAUAUGUCAUUAUACACAUACAUACAUAUCUAUACACUUGUUUUUUUGUUUUUUUCCUCUGUUGGCGUAUAAAGCAGGACAUGAUAUUUUGUUUGUUUGCUUUGCUCUGUUGUUGGCCUUUAACGCAAGACAUGAGUCACAUGUUGUUUGUGAAUAUUCCCUUUUGACAAUAAAGACUUUUAGAUGCUUUUUAACUGCUAACUGGUAUCCACUGCUUCCUCCCUGUAAAAACUGAACCAUGGAACGGUGGUUGGAAGAAGUCUGUAAUACCUAGUGGCCAUCUAAGAUUGUUCUUCACGGCACCACAGCAGGUCGACAUAUCCGUCCCUCCUGUAAACAGAUUCUCUCAAUUCCUUUUUCCCCAGCCAGGGCCUUGAAUUAUCCAAUUGAAUUCACUGAAUAUGACUGAAAACCUUUAUUAAUACCAAGUA